UGUGUUGUGAGGUGCUCUUAUAAACUUAACUACUGACUUCACAAAUCGAUAUUAUAUUAAUAAUUAACUUGUUUGCAGAUCAUUGCAAUUGCCCUGCACAGUGGGGAGGACCACGAUGUCGUGACUAUCGCCAGUGCUCGUCUGUUGGUUGUCACGACAACGGCGUAUGUGUUGCCAUGCCGUGGAUCAACGACCAUGAGUGUAUUUGUCAUUGGGGGUGGGAGGGGUAUAGUUGUGAUGUCAUAAUGGAUACUCUGAGUGGAUACUCAUACCUGCAGUUUGUUGGGAGUUCGUAUUUGAGAUUGACCACACCACAAAACUCCACCGAAACUUUUUUGUCGUUUUCGUUCAAAACGAGAAAAACUGACACAAUGAUUCUCUGGUUGGGGGAAUCCCGAUCUUCAGAAGAUGACCAUUUGGCCGUGGGAAUGAAAAACGGUCGAAUCAUGGUGUCAGUGCAGCUCGGUUACGAUUUCGACCACAAAGAAACAAACAUGACGUCAGCGUUUUAUAACGAUGACAAAUGGCAUGAUGUCAUGAUGACUCAGCAUGGAAGAAAUGUUGACGUCAUUGUCGAUAAAAUGGAACAACUUAAUUUAUUUGUUAAAGUUCCAUUUGAUCAACUUGACGCUCAUGUUUUAAACAUUGGAAGUUUUGGCCACAAGAGGACUGUAGAGAGUUCAACUUACCAACUUUUUUCCUCCCCAUUUGAAGGCUGUUUCGGAAAUUUAAGUUUUUUUAAAAUUGGAAAUUUUGUUUCUUGGGAGGACGCUGUAGUUGCUGAAAAUUUAUUUUCCUGUUCGGACUGAAAUAACUUAUUCAUGGUUGCCACUCCCAUGCUCGCUGUCGAGUUGCUGA